AUGUCAAGAAAAAACCAUCAACGACAAACUGAGAUAAAUGAAGAAUUAGAAUCUCCAAAACUUCCUCAGCAUUUUUCUGAUCAAGUUUUUAAUUUAGAAUGCGAAUUAGAGCAUAAUUGCACUGCACAAAAUGUAUCAAAGCUCAUUGAGCUUUAUUCCGUAUAUUUCAUUUAGGCUGCCGUUGAAUAUUAUGGAUCUAUCAUGGAUGAUCGAUUUAUUCAUUACAAAGAAAGGCUUCAGAAACUAUUAUCAAGAGACGAUUACGUGUCUGCUGUUAAUGACAAAGUUUCUAAGAAAAAUGAGAAUGAAAUUAAUUUUGAAGACAUCCCGGUAGAAGCUUCUUCAAAUAUGAGAUCAAAAUCAACAGAUCUUAGUCUAAAUGAAGAACCUGCAAAAGAAACCAAAAGAGAUGCAGCCCAGGCUAUAAAAGAACAUAUGCAUAUAGAAGUUUCCUAUGUUUGGCGCUGUAAGGCCGAUAAAUUCUGAUCGGAAUUUAUCGGUAGGUUGCACCAAAUCAAUGCCUUGGUCGGACCAAAAAGCGAUUUGGUCCGACGAACUUGGAAAGCUCCUGGGAAAAUGUCUGCGCUUUUAGCGCUAUAUAGAGGAAACCUCUAUACAAGUUCAUCCAUAAGUUUCAAAAUAUGCGAAAUGCUACGACAUCAAGAAGGCACCAACUUAGAGAACAGGCUUAAAGCUAGGAAAAAACAAGCAACAAUACAUAGCACUCCUGGAUCCAGAACAAGAUCCCAGACUGUUGAAAAUGUUAUGAAAAUUACAACGGAAACAAAGUUCGAAAAAUACCAGGAAGAAAUUGAAAAAAUUAUGGAAAAAUACGUUGACGAAAAGGUCAAUCGAAUCCAGACGAUUAAAAAUAAAUACCGAGAAGAAAUCAACGAAGUAAACAUGAUGGGCCAUAAUGGUACUAUUUAUUUAGAUACAAUUGCAAUGGUGCUGAAUCAAUUAGAAAAAGAUAUGCAGAGAGAAAUCGAUGAAGUUAUGAAACAAAUAGAUAGGGAAAGAAAGGUAGAGAUAUCUGAGCUUAAGAAGAAAUUUCGAUAA